UAUUGCCCCGAUUGCAAGGGAAAAUUCAAUUAUGAAUCAUCAACAUCACAAACAUACAAGUCAAAAAAUAUGUAUGUAGAAAUUUUCUAUUGCUUCCUUUUCUCAUUCUUUUAGGGGCAUUGAGCAUUUUGACUUUAUUCUUUGAAUCUUAUAAUGUGAUAUUUUUUGAGAUAGAUCAAUGGAGACAGGCAAAAAACCUGCAAUACCAGAAAAUUUAGUGGUCUUAUGCAAUGGCUUGAAAGGAAUCUAUGUUCCAAAGGAUCAUAUGAUUAUCUGCAAGUGUUGCUUGUGUGGUUCAAGGACGCAUACACUUACCGAAUGGGAAAGACAUGCAGGUUCCAAAGCCAGAAAAUGGAGAUAUAGUGUGAAAGUAGAAAGCACAAUGCAACCGCUCAAAGAAUGGAUCGAUGAACACAAUUCCGGAGCUGGAACUUCUCUGCAGUUAGAUCAGCAGCAAAUACUCUCCUUUUUGCAAGAGAAAUAUGAGCCAGUUUAUGCAAACUGGAUAACAGAAAGAUGUGCCAUUUGCAGAUGGGUUGAAGAUUGGGAAGAUAACAAAAUUAUCAUCUGUAACAGGUGCCAAAUUGCUGUCCACCAAGAAUGCUACGGGGCAAAGAAUGUUCAGGACUUUACUUCCUGGGUUUGUAGAGUCUGUGAAAAUCCUGAUGUUGAGAGAGAGUGUUGCCUUUGCCCAGUAAAAGGUGGGGCUCUGAAGCCAACAGAUGUUGAGAUGUUGUGGGUUCAUGUCACGUGCGCUUGGUUUCGGCCUGAAGUUAUUUUCCAAAAUGACAAGGCAAUGGAACCAGCCUCUGGAAUCCUCAAGAUUCCUCCUAAUUCCUUUUCAAAGACUUGCGUGAUCUGUAAACAAAGCCACGGUUCCUGUACAAGUUGUUGCAAGUGUGCUACAUAUUUUCAUGUAAUGUGCGCGUCAAGAAAGGGAUAUAGCAUGGAAUUGCAUUCGACAGAAAAGAAUGGGACUCUAAUAACGAAUAAGCUAAUAUAUUGUGCAAUGCACAGGGUCCCAAACCCAGAAUCAGGUCUGGUUGUACAUACACCCAAUGAGGUAUUCUCAUCGACAACUUCACUUCAAAAUCAUCCGGGGAGCAUCAGGAGAUCAAGGCUGGUUUCAUCAGAGAUUGUAGUACUUCCCGAAUCUGCAAACUCUGAAAUUAAUGAGAUUGAACCACUGUCUGCAGCAAGAUGUCGUGUGUUCAUAAGGCCUUCCCGUAAGAAGGAUGGAGUGCCAAUAAUUCACUUGCUUGGGGGGCCAAACCUUCACUCUUUAAGUGCAAUAACUCAAUUGAACAGCAAUAAGGAUGCUCAAGUAUUUUCUUCUCUUAAGGAGCGUCUUCACCAUUUACAGAAAACAGAGAACCAAAAAGUUUGCUUAGGGAAAUCAGGUAUUCAUGGAUGGGGCCUCUUUGCUCGUAGAGAUCUGGAAGAAGGAGAAAUGGUUGUUGAAUAUCGUGGCGAGCAGUUACGGCGUAGUAUUACUGACCUAAGGGAAGCACAGUAUCGUUCAGAAGGCAAAGAUUGUUAUUUCUUUAAGAUUAAUGAGGAAGUGGUGAUUGACGCAACGGAUAAGGGGAAUAUUGCACGUUUAAUAAACCAUUCUUGCAUGCCUAACUGCUUUGCAAGGAUUGUGCCUUCGGGUGAUCAGAAGAACCGGAUUGUUCUUAUUGCCAAGACCAAUGUUUCAGCUGGUGAAGAACUAACGUAUAAUUAUUCGUUCGACGAUGAGCGGGAUGAAGAAAAGGUUCCCUGUCGCUGUAAAGCCCCUAACUGUAGCGGAUUUAUGAACUAGGCUCUACAUUGUUUCUGCCCAUGGAGCCAUUGCAGUUACCCAACCAUGGGGAAAUAUUUGUUGAUUCUUGUACUUUUUAUGUUAAAUUAGUUAAUUUGUAUACCAUUUGAUUAAUUUACAUAAUAAUAAUAAUAAAAAAAAGGAAAAUCUGCUCACAAUGAGUGGGAAUAGGAUGCAUUGGCUGUAACUAUUACAUAUGUUCCAUUAUAUUCUUCAUUUAUAAUGUGCAGAAACAAUCAUUGAAGAGUUUCAUAGUG